GACCAAAACAUUCGGUUCGCAAUGCAAUUCAAAUCCAGGUCCAUCAACACCACCGCACAUCCAUACAGCUUUUGUGUGCUUUCCACUCUUUGCUUUCCUCUCUCCCUUCUUUUCCAGCAACUACCUUACUACACCCAUCUACCACAUUCCGAACUCGAUGACAAGCUAGCAUUUCUCUUCUCCUUCACAGCGACACUCUUGCGCGCGUCGCGAUCUACCCCUCACAAUGGCGACGAUGCGAGGAACGCGUGUGCCUAUUGGCUCCGCGUCAUGGGUUAACGAAGAACGAACUACAGCCCUUAGUAUUGUUCAGGCUGAGGCUGAGGAGUUCUCCUUUGCCGCGAGAAACGAGUUUGACUGGCUUAAUGAGCAUAUGGCUGGGGUCUUCAACGAGAACGAAAUCAAUGUCGCCGAGAUCUUCAAGACACCUGGAAAGCUUCGAAGCAAGACGCCUCGAACGGCGCGUAAGGUCGACAAUGGCGAGCCUCGUAUCGUGAGUUUACUGCUCUCACGCGCGCCAACAUCAACCUCCGCUAACAAGGUGCAGCCACUAUCAGAUGUGUUCUCUUCUACUCCCAACGGCGUCCCGAACACUUUCACACAACAUCUUACCCGCGCUACUCCCAAUGCCAACCCUGCGCCAUCAACAUCGUCACCUCUGAUCAACAGGAAUAUUUCGCCUCUCAAGGCUGCCCCCUCCCCUAGGCCGGUUUCGAAACAGCCCGUUGCACUAGCCGAUUCCGGAUAUUAUGGCAGCCAGGAUGUCGACAACAUGGACAACGAAGAAGACGACGACGACAUGGAUGUCGACCUGAUCGAAGAGGAAACACAGAUUGACGAGCCACGAUCGAGCCCCCCAAAGACUGCUGGACGGACCGGCCAUGUCGCUUUCGAGGCCAUCGAGCAGAACGCGCCUCAAAGCCCUACCGAAACACGUACUAUGCGCUCUCCUGAAGUCACUUUCCAGACGGCCAAGGAGGAACAGACAACGCGGGUCAUACGCGAUGUCACCGAGGAAGCUCCAUCCCCAGCAUCGUCCAAGACCUCAGCUGCCCCAAGCCCGGCCAAGGAAACCAGGACGCCCUCGCCUCCUAUCGUGUCACCCAAGCCUCGCUCCGCCAAAAAGAGCGUGUCACCUAUCAAGGCCUCACCUCUGAAGCGCUCCCCGGCGAAGCAGUCUUCACCGCCAUCCUCACCUGUGCUUGGAGCUGCACCAUCUCCUAUGCCCGAGCCUUCGCCUGCUGCCGAAUCACAGGAUGACGUGGAUGUCCACAUGGACGAUGAUACACGAUCACCAUCCGACGACGAGUCGAGCCCGAUCCGCCCAGUCAGGAAGAGCAGCCUCAACUUUGCUUCACUUCCUGCUAGAGAACCUCUUAAGAAUAAGAGUAUCGGGGCUCGUGUCUCUAGGACCAGCCACUUGGAUAUGAACCGUCAGAGUUACUACGGUCGGCAGACGGGAGGAAAGAGUUUGGGAAACAACAUGGAACUACUUGGGGAAUCAGAUGACGAGGAAGGCAACGACGACGGAAUGAGCAUCGAUGGCUCAACCGAAGACACCAAGGAGGUCGACAACUACGCUUCUAACCACAACAAGACGUACACUCAACGACUACAAGACCAAAUCAACUUGCUCGGUAAAUCUCAACCGAACGCAAGCCGACCUUCGAAGUCGAUUCCAAGCUCAGCGGUUGCACAACAACUUGCGCAAACGACUGCGGCCCAAUCAGUUGCGGAUGCCAAGGCAGCAACACCCGCGAAGAAGUCUGCUGCACCGCCGACUCCUGGGGCGUUCCCGGAGGACGAUGAUGAAGAAGAAGAAGUGGAAGAAGGCGAAGAGGAUGACUGGAUCGCGCCUCCUGUGCCUGCGAAAGAUACGCCGUUGGCCAGUCCCCGACCGCAUUUGCCUAAGAGCCACACUGCGGACGUCAUGGAAGGCAUCGACAGGGCAGACACCGUCAGCGGUCCUGAAUUUGCUUUGCCUAAGCAGCGGCAAUCUCCUGGUCGCUCAGGCUCCCCCAAGCGGGCACCUGUCAUCCCUGAGCGUACUACCAGUGUCUUUGGACAUGGCAAAUCUGCUUCUGUUUCUGUCUUGCCCGAUCUUUCCAAGGACAAGAUGGUUGAAGACCUAUCCCCAGCCAAGAAGCAUGUUUCAGUCUCCAACCCUCUGUCAGCCGUGCCGGAGGAUGGACGCCCCGAGACUCCUCAAUCGCCUACACGAAGCUUCAGGGACAGUCCAUUGAAGCAGGUCAAGAACAAGCUGUCUUCCAUUCUGAAGAGUUCCAAGGGUCUUCUUGCGAGCAGUGCGGCCAUCAGCGCUGAAGGCAAAUCUUCGCUAAUGUCACCCUCCACCACUCGCUUCGGCAUCAACCCCGGUCCCUCUACAGACUCGAUUGUACCCCAGUCAGUCGCCGCAGAGCCAUUAUAUCCUGACCUUUCCAAGCGAAUUGCAGCCGACGCUCAGACACUCUCCAGCAUGGGAAGCCCUGAGAAGCCCGUUGCGCGCAGAACGCGGGCUUCCGUUGAGAAGGAGAAGGAAGACAAGCGGAAAGAGAAAGAGGCCAAGCUGAUGGCUGAUCAGAUGAGCAAGCUUGACAAGGCUCGUGCAGAUGAGCGGGAAAAGGCCCGGACUUUCAGCAAAGAACAAGAGAAGAUUGCUGCGAUGGAGAAGAAGAUUGCUGCUCAAAAGGAGAAGGAACCUGAACAAGAGCAGGUCAGGGAGGUCGAACGACCUGCUCGAACGCCGGCGCCGAAGGAAGCACCCAAGCCCACAAGAACUAGCCCCCGCAAGGUUAAGGCUCAGGCUGAGGCCGAGGCUGCUGCCCAGGCCUCACAAUCGGAAAAGCCUGAUGUUGAAAUGGCUGAAGCGCCAACGCCCAGGCCGCCGCCAUCCGCUCCUCGCUCUGUUGGCCCUAGCCAGACGGCCAGGCAGCGGGAACUCAGGCGUCCGAUGAAGCCAAGCAAGGAAGCACCCAGCAAGAUCAAGCAAGCACCUACCGUCAUUCGCGUUAACACCGGCUCGCAACACUCGCAGUUCCACCCCUCCAACAGCACAUUAUCAUCGGGCUUGCAAGAGACACUGGGCUCAUCGGUCAAGUCCAAGUCAAGCCAGCCAGGCUCACAUAGCAAGCAAUCUCUGGCGAGCAUGAAGAGCUCUGUCUCGUCCAAUGGGCGACCGAAAGCACUCGAGCUUGCCGCCAAGCGAAAGGAACAGGAAGAACGGGAGGCUCAAAGGAAGAGAGAUGCGAAGCUCGAACUCGAACGGAAACGCGCUGCGAUUCAAGAGGAGGAGCGCAAGCAGGAACUGCAAAGGCGACAAGAGGCGGAAAGACAGAGGGAGAGGGAGAGGGACCAAGCCGAGGCGAAGAAGAGCGCACAGAGGCAGGCAGCAAUUGAGCGUGCCAAGCAGACGCGAGCACCACCACCUGCUGUGCGCUCUCAGCCCAAUGGCCCUCCCGACUACACUGCCAGCCAACGCUCCGAUGGCCAACCUCCCCGGCCUCCGUCCCGAAUGAACUCCAUGGCUCAUCGGUCUCAAGAGGAUCGACCAGUCAAUGCUGUUCUUUCUAACGCUUCGAAGCCAGGCUCAAAGCGUCCCCUGCCGCAAGACAGCAGAGAGGACACUGGCUCUCGCAACCCUCCCGCACGUAACGGGCAAUCUUACAAGACUCAGGAAGCCAAGCGUCGUCGGACUAGUGAUGACUUUGCUGAUGAGCUUGACAUGGACAUUCAACCACCCAACAUCAAGGGCCCCCCUGUUCGCCCUCCGUCAGUGGGUUUCAAGAAGGACAUGCCCACGAAGUCGACGUACGGCUACACCAACGCACCACCGAGUGCCUCCAGAGAUUUGUUCAAGUCUACCGUCACCGCCCAGCACCACAGCACAAUCAAGUCCACAAAGCAAGUGGAUAUGAAUCAGUUUGCUCAGGGACACAUUCCAUUCGCGCCCAAUCCAAACCCUGCCGGCCCGGCUCAUAAGACACCGGCGCGACCUAUGGGUGCUGCAAGCACAAAGUCUACCGCCAAGGCUACGAGAUCGUCUCCCCGAUUCCAAGAUGGCGAAAAGAUUGAGCUGCCCGAAAUCGAUACAGAUGAGGACGAAGAUGAUGACGACUCCCACUUUGGCGUUGCCCCUUGGGCUGAUUCGCCUGAUUUGAGACGCGCCCUCAUGAAACAGGAAACCAUGAACCCUGAGGGUAUCUUCGGGCCUCCCCGCGCCCUUAACAUGGAGGAAGUGUUCAACAACAAGGAGAGAUGGCACAAGUUCCGCGCGCGCACAUCAAGCGCUAACUGGAGUGGAUCGGAUCGCUUGACAGAAGACGAGAUUAGGAAGGAUCUUGCAGCUCGCGACAAGCUUCGCAGAGAGGGUGGUUGGUCCUACGAGAUGAGCAAGGACUUGAUGUGAGAGUCGCCGCAGACUUGGCGUUGGUUUUGGUGGUUGGGUGACAACUGUGUGGAUUACACAUGCGAACGUGCUCACGAUGGGACAAAUGCAAGCAGAUCAUACGGCUGCUCAGACUGGCUGAGUAGAGCCUGGUGUAUUCUUUUAUUCUUGCAAGGAAGCAAGGAACUUUUAUUGCGGGCGUUGGGCAGCAUAAGGCAUACAAUUAUGACCGUGUUAAUAUUCAGCAAAAUGGCAAUUCUGCGUUACC